AUGCACCGUUCAAUUCAUCCCACGUGUACUUCAACACUCGUUCAUUACGAAGAAAAGGUUGGAAAGAAAUUCAACAUGGCAGACUUCUGGCCGAUACACUGUAAGACAACUUCAAGCCGAACAAAACGAUCAACUGAUGAAGACGAGUUUGUUACCCAAAAUAUCUUGAAAGCCAUAUCACAGCAUACAGACGUGUCCGACUGUAAUGUGAUUCAAAUAGGAGCUCAUAACUGUUUACUGUCAAAAGAGAUUGCUUCAAAGUGCAAAAGUUUAUUGAUCUUUGAUUGCAAUAAGGACUUUCUGUCAUCCAAUCGUACAGCAGUCGGUGAGAAGGCAAAUGUCAAAUACUGUGGGGACAACGUGCUCCAGGUCGAUCAGCCAGCAGAUAGUGUAAACAUUGUGAUAAUUGAUGAGAUGCUCCAGUACUUUGAUGGGAAGGACAUGCAAGCCUUGUUAGAACGUAUUCUUACUUGGUUGAAAAAGGAUGGCUAUUUUCUCUGCCUUGAAUCAUGUCACUCAAUCAAAGAGUCAUCUGAUAAAAGUGAAGGUGAGAAAUCUUCAUGCCGAGAUUUUGGAUUUUACCAUGCUGCAUUCCAAUUAGUCAGCAUUGAUUCAGCCGAUUCUCAUUUUGGCUUGGAUGUCGUCUUUUCCCAAACACUACAAUACACGCAAGGAGAGGAAGUCAGAAAAUCCCCGACUUUAUGGAUGAUGAUAAAGGAUCCAAUAUCUGAACAAUGUAAUCAUGGCUUCAAGACAUUCCAGGAAUUCCUAGAUUCCAAACAGUAUUCAGUCACUGGCAUUCUUCGUUAUGAAAAGGUUUUUGGCCGAUGUUUUGUGAGCACGGGCGGCUUGGAUACUACUAAGAAAUUUGUAGCCAAGCUGAACAUUAAACCAGGUGAAAAAGUUCUGGAUGUUGGCUGCGGAAUUGGUGGUAGUGCCUUUCAUAUGGCCCAGAUCUAUGGUGCUGAAGUUGUUGGAAUUGAUCUCUCUACCAAUAUGAUUUUAAUUGCACACCAACGCUGUCAAGAAGUUAACCUUACUCAGAAAGUGCACUUUGAAAUAGCUGAUGCAACAAAACGACAUUUUGAGCCCUGCUCUUUUGAUGUCAUCUACAGCCGAGAUACUAUUAUUCAUAUCAAGGACAAAUUGGCAUUGUUCAAGAAGUUCUAUGAAUGGUUGAAACCUGGUGGCCGUCUUCUGAUCACUGAUUACUGCUGUAGUGCUGGUAGUCAUAGUGACCAGUUCAAAUCUUACACGAAGCAGCGAGGUUACAUUUUCUUACCUGUGGAAAAAUAUGGCCAGGAAUUGAAAGAGGCAGGUUUCCAGAACAUCCAAUCUACUGAUAUGACUGAUCAUUUUAUUGAAAUUCUUCACAAUGAAAAGAACAAAGUACAUAACAUGAAAAAGGAAUUCAUUCAACAAUUCAGUGUUGAUGAUUACAACGCCAUUAUUUCAGGAUGGGAAGAAAAGGUUCAGCGCUGUAAAUAUGGAGACCAGAAGUGGGGGCACUUCAUGGCUGAGAAACUGGCUUCUACCUAA